AUGGGUGCGAUCAGAAAGCAACCACUUGUAAUGUCGCUUCCCGCAAAGCUCAAACCCCCCCUUAGAGAAGGAAAUGACGUCUUCUGUUUCCCAGAUCUCGAGCCUCCUGUCCUGAAGUACCGCCACAAUGCGGUGAUCACUGGAUACCUGACCGCGUUUGGUACUGUUUUCUUGGAAUGUCAACAAUCAUAUGGGGUCGAUUUUGGAAACAAGGGAAUUGCAUAUGUGCCGAUUGAUGCUGUUCAUAAGCAUUUGUUGAUAACUCCGAUGCUUAGGAAGCAAGAUUCACCCUUCCUUCCAGGGAGAGAGAUGACAAGUUUUAGGAGGAGGAAUGGAAUUUUGCAAGAGGAGGAGGGUUUGGCGUUCUAG